CCACCACCACCACCCUGGCGCAGCCAUGCAGGCCUCCUCUGAUCCGGCCCCACGGCCGCCGCCAAUGUCGCCGCAGCACGUCGGCAGCGGCACGACACUCACGCGCUCCUCGCCCACCAAGCGGACACGAGCGCCGGGCGCUGCAGGCCUCGAAGGCUCACCCUCGCCCACCCGUCGGGAGAUGUUGCGUGCCAGGCAGCCUACGGCGCCCAGUACGGAUCAGGAGAAUGAGCUUCGCAGCUCUGCACCUACUUCUCCCCUGCUGCAGCCUUCGCGCGGACGCAGCAUGCCCCUCCCGCCGCCGCUUCUCACGCUCGACAAGCUCGACGCACAAAGUCGACCGCGCGCGCCGGCUUCGCAGCAACAGGUGCGGCCGCAGCAGGAGCAGCAGCGGAGAGUCAGUCCGGGGAAGAGCAUCAUGCAGGCACUGCGACGCAGCCCCAGCCCCAAACGUCAGCCUGCAUCGCGGGACGAGGCAAGGCCAAGACUAGGUGAUGCACCGAAGGGCCUGGGUGUGGAGAAGGAGUUCGAAGCACUGCUGGAGACACUAGAGGUUCCCGCAGCGCUGCGCAUCAAGCUCAACUCGCUCGAGCCGGCGGUGAAGGCCUCGAUGCUGCGGGGCAACGCCACACUCAAUCUCGGCUCCUUUGGGCUUGACUCGCGCCGCACCUCUGCUGCUGCUGCGUUUGCUCAGCCCGAGGUGCCACGCAGCGCCUCUGGCUUCCAGAGCGGGCGGCCAGCAGUGCACUCGCCGCUCGACGCGCCAGACGUCUUCAUCGGCGGCUCUUCAGCCUCGCCUUUCUCUCCGCCAUUGGGCUCGCGUGCCUUCUCCAAGGAGCCAUCUUCCUCGACUCCAGCUUCCUUCAGCACAUUCCUCCGCUCCUCGCCCGCUCAGUCUCUCGACAAUGCGCGCGUCAAGAACUUCAGAGUCGUGCUUGCGGCAGAGUCGCCCAGCUGGAUCCACGAGUUCUGCGCGGCGGGCGGCUACACGGCGCUCAUCGAGCGGUUGGAUGAGCUGCUGGCGAUGGAGUGGCGCGAGGAACAGCACGAUGACUUGCUGCUACACGAGCUGCUACGCUGCUUCGUAGCGCUGAACACCACAGACCGAGGAAAAGCAGCGCUCGCCUCGAGAGCUCUGAAGCCUUUCGCCCAGCUCACAGAUCUUCUCUUCUCCGAAAAGAAGCCGGGUGACCUGACGACACGACGGCAUCUCGUCGAGGUUCUUCUUCUUUUGCCUUCGCUGCCGAUCAGCAACGCCACCAGCGGCCUGUCGCCCCGCGAGAGCUCGGCGUUGCACGCAGCCAUGCCGCCGCCUCAUCAUCUGCAUCCCUCUCAAGCGCUCCUGUCGCUCCUCCACAAUCCGCAAGAUGCGUCUCGCGCAGCGCUCGUCGACUUUGUCAAGGCAGGACACGUCAGUCGGCCAUUCAAGUGCUGGAUGAACGAGCUGGCCGGCGUGUGCAGAGACUACUUCUGGGUCUUCUGCCACGGCCAGAACCGCUUCUGGCACUUGCCGGACGUGGAUCAGGCGGAUGCAGAGGCCCCGAAGGUGCCGGGAGGAAUGACGGGUGGCGUGGAGUUUGAGGCGAUGGGCUAUCUGACGAUGCAACUGCGUCUCUUGAACCGCGUCGGCUCGGAUCUGCAGACGAUGGGCGGCGUGCUGCAUGGCCAGAGCGCAGCGACCAUGUUCCACGACUUGCUCUUCGCCAGCGGACUUGAGCGUGUUCUCGCUACUCUGCGGAAAGCGUCGCAGAGCUACUAUGCGCCGCUGCAUCUCGAGCUGGCGCGCUAUGUCGCGCUCGCCGACGCAGCAGUACUCCGACUGCCCGCCAACCUCGAAGUCUGGCGCGCCUUGCCAGCGCCGGCGGCCUCGCUCUCAGAGCAAAUGGGCAUCGGCUGCACGCUUCCCUCUCCUCCUCUUUCAGGCGCAGGAGCAGUCGGGAAGAGCGCAUGGCAGCUGUACAGCUCCGAGGCACUGCUGAGGAAAGACAGCGUCGCGACCACUGCUACCGCCGUCUCUGCGGACACGGACAGCACCGAGACGCGCAAAGAAGGUCUGCCCUCUCUGCAGUCAUUCGGCCCGGGGAUCCCGAAGUCGCCACAGCGCAAGCCAGUGCCAUUGCAGCCGAGCGCCUCUCCGAUCCCUGGCUUCGGCGGCGGACCAUCCGCAGUCUUCGCUUCGACGUCGACACCUGCUGCGCCCGCUGCCGCCGCCGCGCCAGUCGUGCCGAAGCCGGACCUCUUCUCGCCGCCAGGCGCGCCGAUGCAUAAUCCCUAUGCCUCGCCAGACGCAAGUCCGAACCUCGAUGCUCCGCUUGUCACCUCUCCUCGGGCCUUUCAAGCAUCCGGACAGAACGGCACGCCACGCCUCGACUUUAGCUGGGAGCUCGCCUCGCCAAGCGUCGGCGGCAGUGGAGCGAGAGGCCUGGGCGUCGGAGGACCAGGCGCGUCGUUCGCGAGCGACAGCUUCGUCAAGGCGGCGGUGGGCAAGUGGGAGCAGAGGACGAUGGAGCGCAGGUGAGGGGCUCGAUGACGCACGCAGCAGCAAAGCAGUAGACUGGUUCUCUCGCUCUCCCUCGCCUCUCGUUCGCGCAAGCACGGUGAAUGGGGUGUCAAUGCAUGGUCGUAGAGGUGAAUGAGGUGACAUGAUGAGGCGUAACGAU